UUCCCAUUCAAUAGAAUUUUAGGUGGGCGAUGACUUUCAUCGUUAGAUGAGGAACUGAGUCAGAGUUAGCUGUAGUUGGCAAUCGAGGCGUAGACAUGUGUGGAAUUUUUGCCUAUCUAAACUACCAUGUGCCACGGACUCGCCGGGAGAUCCUGGAGAUCCUCCUCAAAGGCCUGCUCCGUCUGGAGUACCGUGGCUACGACUCUGCCGGUGUUGGAAUUGAUGGCGGGAACGGCAAGGAAUGGGAGGCCAAUGCCCGGUCUAUUCAGCUGAUCAAGCAGAGCGGAAAAGUGAAGGCUCUUGACGAUGAGAUCACCAAGCAGCAGGACAUGGACAUGGAUGUGGAGUUUGAUGUCCACCUUGGCAUCGCCCACACUCGCUGGGCUACCCAUGGUGCCCCCAGCCCUGUCAACAGCCACCCACAAAGGUCUGACAAGAGCAACGAGUUCAUUGUCAUUCAUAAUGGAAUUAUCACAAACUACAAAGACCUGCGGAAAUUCCUGGAGAGCAAGGGUUAUGAGUUUGAGUCCGAGACAGACACAGAGACCAUUGCCAAGCUGGUGAAGUACAUGUAUGACAACCGUGAGAGUGAAGACCUCAGCUUUGCUACUCUGGUGGAGAGAGUGACCCAGCAGCUGGAGGGAGCUUUUGUCCUAGUCUUCAAGAGUGUCCAUUACCCUGGGGAGGCAGUAGGCACUCGGAGGGGAGGUCCUCUGCUUAUUGGGGUGAAAAGUGACCACAAGCUGUCCACAGAUCACAUUCCUAUCCUGUAUCGAUCAUCCGGUAAAGACAAGAAGGGCUGCCCCACCCUGCCCAGGAUGGAGCAGGACACCUGCCACACACUCUUCGCUGAGGACAAGAAGUCUGUGGAGUACUACUUUGCCUCUGAUGCCAGCGCGGUGAUUGAGCACACCAACCGGGUGAUCUUCCUGGAGGAUGAUGACGUAGCAGCGGUGACGAAUGGACGACUCACCAUCCACCGCAUCAAGCGUACAGCCGGAGACCACCCUGCCCGCGCCAUCCAGACCCUGCAGAUGGAGCUGCAGCAGAUCAUGAAGGGUAACUACAGCUCCUUUAUGCAGAAGGAGAUCUUUGAACAGCCAGAGUCUGUGGUUAACACCAUGAGAGGAAGGGUCAACUUUGAUGACAACACGGUAAUCCUGGGUGGACUGAAGGAUCAUAUUAAAGAGAUCCAAAGGUGUCGACGGCUCAUCCUAAUCGCCUGUGGCACCAGUUACCAUGCUGGGGUGGCGACUCGCCAGGUACUGGAGGAGCUGACUGAGCUGCCUGUUAUGGUGGAGCUGGCCAGCGACUUCCUGGAUAGAAACACACCAGUGUUCCGUGACGAUGUCUGCUUCUUCAUCAGCCAAUCAGGUGAGACAGCAGACAGCCUGAUGGCCCUGCACUACUGUAAGGAGAGAGGAGCCCUGACGGUGGGCGUCACCAACACAGUGGGCAGCUCCAUCUCCAGAGAGACCGACUGUGGGGUGCACAUCAACGCUGGGCCAGAGAUAGGAGUGGCCAGCACCAAGGCCUACACCAGUCAGUUUGUGGCUCUGAUCAUGUUUGCGCUGUUGAUGUGUGAUGACAGGAUCUCCAUGCAGCCACGGCGACGUGAGAUUAUCCAGGGACUGAGAGUUCUGCCAGACCUGAUCAAGGAAGUGCUGAGUCUGGAUGAUGAGAUCCAGAGACUGGCCGCAGAGCUGUACCAGCAGAAGAGUGUUCUCAUCAUGGGCCGAGGCUACCACUACGCCACCUGCUUGGAGGGAGCACUGAAAAUCAAGGAGAUCACGUACAUGCACUCAGAGGGCAUCCUGGCUGGGGAGCUGAAGCACGGCCCUCUGGCCCUGGUCGACAAACUCAUGCCCGUCAUCAUGAUCAUCAUGCGAGACCACACCUACACCAAGUGUCAGAACGCACUGCAGCAGGUGGUGGCCCGCUCGGGCCGACCCAUCGUGAUCUGUGACAAAGAUGAUUAUGAGACUGCCAAGAGUUCGAGCCGCACCAUCAAAGUGCCGCACUGUGUGGACUGUCUGCAGGGCGUUCUGAGUGUCAUCCCCCUGCAGCUGCUCUCCUUCCACCUGGCUGUGCUCAGGGGCUUUGACGUGGAUUUCCCAAGGAACCUGGCCAAAUCUGUGACGGUAGAGUGAAACAUGCCAUUUGAAGCCCCAAAAACCCAUUUCACCUCACAUACAUGCAUACAUGCAUACAUACAUACAUACUACGCAGGAACAGCUGUCACAUGGAUACCAAGAGGAGCAGAGAGAGCACACUUUCCUGUUUUAUGUCUUGUCAUAUUUUUAUGCAAUUGUUACUCUUGUACUCUAAACAUUCUGUUUCUCUGUCACUUCUCUCAAAACACAUUUGAAGGCAUUGUUAUGAAUUGUAUUGUUUUUUUGUCAAGUGUGGUAAGGUAAGGGUUGGCAGUAAUGUUGGCAUUUAGGAGCUCACAUCGGUUACUGGAGUGCAUGCAGUUAAUGAUCCAACUAAAGGAAAGAUGGAAAAAAUAUCUAUUUUGGAUGAUGCCGAACAGUGCUCAAAACUGAAAUGUGCACAUCUUUUCAAUGUUUACUACUUGCAGCUGUUUUUUCAGUUAAUUCAGCUGUUUGUUGGCUGAAGUCAAGAGUCUAUAGGAAAGUCUUACUGAAGGUUCUGGUUCUUUUGGUGUUUCAUUGGUACAAUGAUUUUGUCUAUUGAGAUCAGUUUUCUUUGGCAGCUAGAACAUCUAUAACCGUCAUUUGAAAUGUUUCUGUUACUUUUGUGUAUGUUGAGUGAAGUCUUAAAUCAUUCCGAGUCAUAUUCUAGUCCCGACUCUAAAUCUGAAGUGCUUCCAGGAAGAAAGUCUGUUAAGUCAUGCUUUAGCCUACUGACCUGUGCCAGAGGUUGAGAACUCCCCCGUUGUUUUCCUCGGAAUGCCAUAAUGACAAAUGAUUUUUGACUUGUAAAAGUUUUUGAAUGUUUUAUAGUACAACAAGAAACUUGUAACAUGCUUGCUUGUGUAUACGAUUGUGUAACUUUUUUAGUCAUUGGCUAGGUUACAAAAGCAACUUGCAGUGAUGCACUCCUUGUGGUUUGGCAGACCUCCUAUAGGAGAGUUAACAAACUCUCGCCUAAACCAUGUGGAGCAUCUGAAUGAUUGACUGUCCUGGCAUAAUAAUCAUGCUUUUAAAAUUCUAACAGCUACUGUGUCUGAGUGACAUGAUUUGAAUAAUUUACCCAAUCAUCUGAAAGAUGGCACCGUACAAUGUUAGACAUCUACAAUGAAGACUAGUGAAAUAAUGAAAUGAUCACUUAUCUCUCUAAGCCUAUGUUACUGUCAUUGUGACUUGGUGGAAGUGUAGCAAUAUUCAAAACUCUUCAAUUUCACUGGUCUUGUUGACCUAUUUUCUGCCUUGUUGCUGAGGAGGCUCAAUUUGGGUCUCUGGUCUACAAUAUAACUCUAAAUAGAAGAAAAAGUACCAAGUGAAAUGAAGUUGCUGCUCAGUGCUAUUUGCACCAACAUUUUGUCUACCCCAUGCCCUGCCACCAUACCAAUUUUAAUUGCAAUAUUGGGACCAUUUUUUUUUCCCCCUUUCUAUUAAUUUGUACGUUUCUCAUUUUGUUUACUUGGUAGAAAGCUUCUUUUUGAUCUGAAUGUGACUGACAUUCAAGAUGUCCCCUGUACCCCAAAAAGGUCACUAUUUUACAAUCGCUUAUGCAGUCAAAAACCCAAAAACCUUUUCUAUGUUAAAUUUGCUUUGAGUAACCAAAGGUAUGGUUUUAGAGAUUAUGUUCGUAGGGGUUUGUGUGUACUGUAAGUGGUCUGUCCAGAAGAGGCCUACAGGGAAAUACAGCAAGCUUGUUAAAAUAUGUAGCUGCUAUUGUAGAUGGAACUCAACAUGUCAGCUGUGUGCUCUCCCAAAUGUCUAAUAAAUUAGUCUUUUUAUAAACCAAGGUUGAAGCAAAGCAGAUGCAAACCAGUGUAUGUAAAAUCACAGAGAAGAAAAAAUACUUUCUAAAUAAUGGGCCAUUCUAGUUUUUUUUUUUUUACUUUUCAGUUUAAGAUCUUUGUCUUGCUGUUGCAAUCAAGCCUUAAAAUUUGAGUUUUUAGGCAAAUCACCUGAAAAGUGGUCUCUAUUCAGCCUGCAUCUGUUUCUUCUUAAUUGUAUUGCAUUUACUGAGCCAGUGUGUACUGUAUGCGCCCACGUUGACUAAGGACCCUAGCAAAGACCCAGUUUUAAACUGGACAUGGUACUAUUAGAAGUGAUUUAGUAACCCAUGAACCGCUUUAGGGUCUUUCUAUAAAUAACAGGGCCAACGUGUGACAUUGGGAUCAAAAUUUCUAAAUGGUUUGAAAUAAAACGGCUUUUCAUGCAGUUCCACAUGUGUACUUAAAGGAAUAAAAGUGAAUAUAUGCAAAUUGACUCCACUCCUAUACAACAUGGGCCUAGGACUAUACAUCUAUUAAGCAAGGUUCAUACAGAUAUUGGCAUGUCGAAUUCAGGACUUUCAGGGACUUUUUCAAGCACUUAAUUGUAAUUUUCAAAGACCUUUAUGUUAUACAAAUGUAUAAUUUAUAUAGUGCCUUCAGAAAGUAUUCAAACCCCUUGACUUUUUCCACAUUUUGUGUUACAGCCUGAAUUACAAAAUUGAUUAAAUAUAUUUAUUUCUCACCCAACUAUACAUACACACACUACUCCAUAAUGACAAAUUGAAAAUGAAAUACAGAAAUAUCUCAUUUCCAUAAGUAUUCACACCACGUCAUUACGUUGUAGAAGCACCUUUGGCAGCGAUAACAGCUGUGAGUUUUCCAUACCCAGAUUGUACAUUUUCCAAUUCUUUUUAAGCGCUGUGAAAUGUUUUUGAUCAUUGCUAGACAACCAUUUUCAGGUCUUGUCAGAUUUUCAAGUAGAUUUAAGUCAAACUGUAACUUGGCCACUCGGGAACUUUCACUAUCUUCUUGGUAAGCAACUCCAGUGUAGAUUUGGCCUUGUGUUUUUAGGUUAUUGUCCUGCUGAAAGGUGAAUUAAUCUCCCAGUGUCUGGUGAAAAGCAGACAACUGGGUUUUCCUCUAGGAUUUGACCUGUAGUACUUAGCUCCAGUCCACUUCUUUUUUUUAUCCUGAAAAACUCCCCAGUCCUUAACAAAUACCCAUAACCUGAUGCAGCCACCACUAUGCUUGAAAAUAAUGAGUGGUACUCUAUUCAGGACAAAAAGUGAAUUGCUUUGCUAAAUAUGUUGCAGUAUUACUCUAGUGCCUUGUUGCAAACAGGAUGCAUGUUUUAGAAUAUUGUUAUUAUGUAUAGGCGUUCUUCUUUUCACUCUAUCAAUUGGGCUAGUAUUGUGGAAUAACUACAAUGUUGUUGAUCCAUCCUCCUUUUUCUACCAUCAGUCAUAACUGAUAUAAAGUCAAGUGUUUUAUCAUUGCAAUGCCUCACGGUGAAAAGACUGAGCGGUGUCCUUCCUCUCUGGCAACUGAGGUAGGAAACACUCCUUUAUCUUUGUAGUGACUGGGUCUAUUGAUACACCAUCCAAAGUGUUAUUAAUAACUCAAAGGGAUAUUCAGUGUCUGUUUUUAUUUGAUUUGUUUACCCAUCUACCAACAGGUGCCCUUCUUUAUGAGGCAUUGGAAAACCUCCCAGGUCUUUGUGGUUGAAUCAGUGUUUGAAAUUCACUGCUCGACUGGGGGACCAUAAUUGUAUGUGUGUGUGGUACAGAGAUUAGGUAGUCAUUCAAAAAUUGUUAAACACUUAUAGUCCAUGCAACUUAUGACUUGUUAAGCAAAUGUUUACUCCUAAACUGAUUUUAAGCUUGCCAUAACGAAGGGGUUGAGUACUUAUUGACUCAAGCCAUUUCAGCUUUAGAUUUGUAAACAUUUCUAAAAACAAUUCCACUUUGACAUUGUUGUGUUGUGUGUAGGCCAGUAACCAAAAAAAUAAAUAUACAUUGAAUCCAUUUAAAGUUCAGGCUGUAACACAACAAAAUGUGGAAAAAGUCAAGUGUGAAUAAUUUCUGAAAGCACUGUAAUUGGACAUAUAGAACCCCCCCCACACACACACACACACACACACACACACACAACAAAAAAGGCUUCUUUUUUUUUUAAGUGUGGCAAUACAUUGAUAUUCAAAUUAUUCAUAUUAUUACAAUUCUAAAAUGUGAGAAUAAUGAGGACAUUGCCUGACUAAAUAGACUGGAUGCAUGCAUGGUGAUUUUGUAGUUCAAUCCCCUGAUGUCUUAAUGUAAUAACAUGAAACAAUUUGCAGAUAAUUAUCACUGACUUAUUAACAGCUGUAACAAGUUGUCCACUGUAGGAAAUCCUCAGUGGUAUCCUACUUAAGAGUUUCCCAAACUCGGUCCUGGGAACCCCCUGAGUACACUUUUGUUUUUUUGCCCUAGCACUACACAGCUGAUUCAAAUAGUCAAAGCUUGAUGAUGAGUUGGUUAUUUAAAUCUGCUGUGUAGUGCUAGGACAAAAAAACAAAAACGUGCACCCGGUGGGGCCUCAGGACCUAGUUUUGGAACCCUGUCUUAGUUUAUAGCAAGACCCAUUAACAUUCAGGUCCUGCAACAUAUGUUGGAAUCUAUUGUGUUAUUGUAGGAGUGGGGUGCUUGAUGAUCUGAUUUACUAGAACUGAUGUUAUAUUAAAGUAUUUCUCUUUCGG